AUGUUGCACCGGGCCGCCUCAUGUUUCAGUCGCUACGAUAUUCGAGAUAUCGCGAUACAUAUGUUUUUUGCCAGUCAACCAGAAACCCCACAAUUCAGACGUGUCAAACGUUUGCCAAUGGGCCAUGAAACUGCACGCACCAGUCUCUGUUUCAGUCCCGGCGGCUGCUCGAUCGUUUCGACGAUAUGCUAUUUCCUCAAGGAAGAUAUGCUCAGAAAUGUGGCGUACCAUCAAGGUUCUUCUGUGUACCUCAUGGUUUGUCCAGUAGGUGUUCUAUGACUUUUUGAAAGCAAAUUCACUGUAAACAGGAAGCAGGAGAAUUAUCUGAGAAAAGAUGAUAAAAAGAGAU